UCUUUCUGCCAUCUUCUCUCAGUGUCACCAUGGUGUGAAUGAAUGUCCUGGCAGAUGCUCUCAAAAGCAUCAACAAUGUGGAGAAUAGGGGCAAAUGCCAGGUCCUCAUCAGGCCGUGUUCCAAAGUCAUCGUUCGGUUCCUAACUGUGAUGAUGAAGCAUGGCUACAUUGGUGAAUUCGAGAUCAUUGAUGAUCACAGAGCUGGGAACAUUGUUGUGAACCUCACAGGAAGGUUGAACAAGUGUGGAGUUAUAAGCCCUAGAUUUGAUGUUCAACUCAAAGACCUAGAGAAGUGGCAGAACAAUCUGCUCCCAUCACGGCAGUUUGGUUUCAUUGUGCUGACAACCUCGGCUGGCAUCAUGGACCAUGAAGAGGCAAGACGAAAACAUACAGGAGGGAAAAUCCUGGGAUUCUUUUUUUAAAAUGUAAAGCAUAAAUAAAAAGCCCCUGUGGACUGUGAAAAAAAAGAAAAUUAUAUUCAGGAAUAUAUGAAAUGUUCCGGCCCCAUCCUUUCCGCUCGGCCGUUCUCCUGUACAGGAGGCAGCCAUGGUGUCCAGCCUGAACGGCAUGAUCCUGAAGCCCCACUUCCACAAGGACUGGCAGCAGCAAGUGGACUCGUGGUUCAAUCAGCCGGCACGCAAGAUCCGCAGAUGCAAGGCCCGGCAGGUGAAAGCGUGCCGCAUCGCCCCUCAGCCCGCGUCCAGUCCCAUCAGGCCCAUUGUGAGGUGCCCUACAGUUAGAUACCACACCAAGGUCCGGGGUGGCAGGGGCUUCAGCCUGGAGGAACUCAGGCUGGCUGGUAUCCACAAGAAAAUGGCACGCACCAUCGACAUUUCUGUGGACCCAAGGAGGCGAAACAAAUCCAACGUGCAGCGCCUGAAGGAGUACCGCUCCAAGCGCAUACUUUUCCUCAGGAAGCCUUCUGCUCCAAAGAAGGGAGACAUUGAAUAAACCAUUCAUUUCAC